AUGCCUCUCGUCGUUCCGGGUAUCAACUCCACCAUGGGCGAUAAGUCCGAGUGGGUCAACAAGCUGAUGGGCAAGAAGAUCAGUGAUUCGUCUACCAAUGAGACGAUGUUCGCCAAGACAGACCUUCCUGAGUCUCACCGUAUUCUGGAACAUGAUGCCAUGAAGACUAUGGAUCACCAGCCAAACAGAUUGAAUAUUCACCUUGGUCCUGAUGGCACUGUCAAGGAUGUGAACUACGGCUAG